AUGGUUGACAACACAAGCAUAGCGACUAAAUCUGCACUGCAAGCCGCUUUCUCGUCGGCGAGCAGCCUUCCUCUGCUGGUCAGCUCCCCCGGCGCGCACGGUCAGUCGGGCGGCGGCGGCGGGAUGAAGCUGGAGGCGGUCAUGGAGAACCUGCAGCGGCAGCAGGCGGCUCGACUCGCCCUGGAGGAGAAGCUCCGCCAAGCCGAAAAGGAGAAAGACAUCAGGUCUAUGGUAGAGUCACAGAUUCAACAGCAAGCUCUGGCUUUUCGCCACUACCAAGCAGCCGUCAGGGGAGCGUUCGCCGCGGGAGUCCCGAACUCGAGCUCCGGGCACCCGCUUGAGCGCAGAGCCGAGUCCGAUAUCGAUGAUGAAGAUGAUGAGGAUGACGACCCGGAGCUGGACCGCGGCAUGGAUGAUGAAGAGCGCGACAUGGACGAAGAUGACAGUAUGAACGAGGGUGGAGGGGAUGAAGACUUGGAAGGACCCCUUGCUCAUUACCCACCUCGCCACGCUGUUUAUCCAGGUGCCGGUCAAAGUCCAAAAAGUACCCCGAUACAUCUGUCCAGAGUCCAACCUCCGUAUCCAGCUCCCAGACAGGCGGAAUCGCCGAGUGCUUUGGCUCCACAAGCGCAGUCGCAGCACCACGAAUGGACUUAUGAGGAACAGUUCAAACAG